CCUUUUAUCUCUGCAACUUCAUCUUCUUCCUCAUAUUAAUAUCACCAAAAAAAAAAAAAAGUAAGAAAAAAAAAACCACCCAAGGAAUGAAGAUCAUCAAUAGUUUAAAGUUUUCAAUCUCGUCCCUUGUUUUCCUAUCAACCCUUUCAUUAACCAUAGCUGCUUCUUGUCCAAUGGAUCUCAACUAUGUAACGAGAGUCCCAUGGAACUCAACUGUUUGCCGUGAUUUUCACCCUUCAAAUUCAACACCCAAAGCUGAAAUCUCGAAGCAAAACUGUUGUGUUUCACUGUUAUCGGUCUUCGGCAUUGGAUUAGCCGAAAACCUUAAAGAAACCAGUCUUUUUCAGCUCCCUGAUUUGCCCUCUUCCGUUUCAUGCCUCCAUGAUUUCCAGUCCAAGCUCGAUUUGCUUUCUCUCCCUAACGACGUCGUUUCCCUUUGUUUCGAGCCGGCCCAGUUCGUGAUUACGCCUGAUCUUUGUGCCGAGAUACAAACGACUAAAGAUUGGGUCGCUAAAUUAGGUCAAUCCACGGUGUUAGACCAAGGUUGCAAAGCUGAUCUCGGUGAUUUAACGGCGUGUGAUACUUGUCUCCGUGCUGGUAACGAGGUUCAUUCACGGUUAAUGGCUAUCGAUGGUAAUCGCUCACACGGUACCGAUUGUUUCGAUUUCAUUGUUCUUUAUGCUGCUGGGAUUGUUAAUGAAUUUGGCCCUGAAAGUGAUGGGACUGUUUCUUGUGCUUUUUCUUUAACAUUGAAUAAAAAAUCUGGUUCUAAUAACAAGCAUUCAGCUCUUGUUUUUGGCUUAACAGGAGCUGGCGUAGCCGUUUUUGUUACUAUUAGUGUAUUGGGUUUUUACUUUUGGUAUGAAAAACGAUUUGUGAAGAGAAACAAUGGCGGUUCUGGUUCUAAUUUUUAUGAUUUAGAAGAACAAGGUUCUAGAACUAGGUUAAGGCCUAAUACUGGUUCAAUUUGGUUUAAACUCCAUGAUCUUGAGAAAGCAACUGAUCAUUUUUCAAGUAAGAAUUUUGUAGGAAGAGGGGGAUUUGGAUUUGUUUUCAAAGGGAUUUUACCAGAUGGAACACUGGUAGCUGUUAAAAGGAUCAUAGAAUCUGAAUUUCAAGGUGAUGAAGAGUUUUGCAAUGAAGUUGAAAUUAUUAGUAAUUUGAAACAUAGGAAUUUGGUUCCUCUUAGAGGAUGUUGUAUGAUUGAUGAUGAAGAAAUCGAACAUUAUGACGACGGUGAUGGUGAAAAAGGGAGUCAAAGAUAUCUUGUUUACGAGUAUAUGCCUAAUGGAAACCUCGAUGACCAUUUGUUUCCGUCGAAAUCGGGUGUUAAACCGUUGAGUUGGCCUCAAAGGAAGAAUAUAAUCUUGGAUGUGGCAAAAGGGUUGGCUUAUUUGCAUUAUGGAGUUAAGCCUGCUAUAUAUCAUAGAGAUAUUAAAGCUACUAAUAUAUUACUCGAUGCCGAUAUGCGAGCGAGGGUUUCGGAUUUCGGGUUAGCAAAACAGAGUAGGGAAGGCCAGUCUCAUUUAACGACUAGAGUUGCUGGGACUCAUGGAUAUUUGGCUCCUGAAUAUGCUUUAUAUGGUCAGUUGACUGAGAAGAGCGAUGUUUAUAGUUUCGGUGUCGUUGUUUUGGAGAUAAUGUGUGGGAGGAAAGCUCUUGAUUUGUCUUCGUCGAGUUCGCCGCGUGCAUUUUUGAUAACGGAUUGGGCUUGGUCUUUGGUAAAAGCAGGGAAAGUUGAGGAAGCUUUUGAUCGUUCGUUGAUGGAUAGUGAGGAUUCCGUGAACUCGAAUCCAAAAGCUAUAAUGGAGAGGUUUUUGCAUGUUGGGAUUUUGUGUGCUCAUGUAAUGGUAGCCUUAAGACCUACCAUUUUGGAUGCAUUGAAAAUGUUGGAAGGUGAUAUUGAAGUUCCCCCAAUCCCGGAUCGACCAAUGUCUCUCGCUCACCCUUUGUGUUACAGUGACGGCAAUGCAUUUAGCAUCUCACCUGCAUUAAGUGGACCACAACUACUUAAAGGAGACAUGCUCAGAUAAUCCGACAUGUUCACUAACCCAGAGAAGAAGAGGGCAUGUUCGAGUAUGCUUCCCGGUGCCGGUUUUAUCAGGCUUUUUCAGACAAAGAUGUCCUGAACAUACGAAGAUCCAAAGAUGCAUGUAUCAAAUUGGUCGAUUGGCAUAUAA